UACGCUGUCCCUGUAUGGCAAGACGCACUUAACAACACACGUUUGCAAAAAAUUACUGUCGAUACAGAGAAGAGCAGCAAUAAGGAUUACUCGUGCUUAUCGAACAGCUCCGACAGAUGCAAUACUGGUACUGGCUGGACUAAUGCCAAUACAUAUCACGGCAAGAAAAACAGUUUGGAAUUGGCUCUGCACUAAUAUUCGGCUACACAGUUACACACAGGAGGAUAUUGAAAAACGUAUUAAAAAUAAAAUGAUUCCAAACAGCUACUGGAAUAUACCUGAUAUUAUUAAAAAAUAUGAAAUUGAUAGAACUAGUAAUGAUAUAUGCCUCCAACUACACCCAGCAGACAUGCACAGCUACGAAAUAAGUUUCGAUUAUAAUCCCGAAACAAACAGAUACUUUCAGUGGAUAGUGUACACAGAUGGUUCUAAGCAAGAGUGCGGAGUGGGAGCUGGUGUGUGCAUUCAAAACAACAACAAUAAGACAAUAUAUCAGGCCAGAUUAAAACUUGCUAAACAUUGUAGCAUUACGCAAGCUGAACUAUGGGCCACGUACAAAGCAAUCACCCAAAUAAAAGAUAACUUAAAUAAAUACAAGGGUAACAUAAAAUUCCUUAUUGACAGUAAGGUGGUUCUUCAUGUCUUGGCAAAAACUGAAAACAUCACGCUACUGGGCAAAGAAGUUAUUAAAGUAGCACAAUAUCUCAGUACUACCCGCAAUAUUCAAUUCAGUUGGAUACCAGCUCAUAAAGGUCAUAAAGGAAACGAACUGGCCGAUUCUUUGGCCAAAAUGGCUGGUACUCUCAAGACGCAGGAUACAUAUACCAGGUUACCAAAAUCAACACUGAAAAAUUCCUUAAACGAAUGGGCACUACUUGAAUGGCAGGAAAAUUGGAAUAAUUCUACAACGGGGAGACUUUGCCACCAGUUUAUUCCCUCUAUUACUAAUCGCAUCAAGGCUAAUUACUACAAACCUAGAUCCGAAACCACCCAAUGUUUAACGGGGCACGGCAAUUUUAUGGCCUACCUCUACCGCUUUAAGAAGAGAAACACUAAUAAAUGCCGGUGCGACAAUAAUAGUGUAGGAGAUGCCAUUCAUUUUAUAUUCCACUGUGAACGAUAUGAGGAUCAACGCAUUCCAUUCUAUAGGGAAUGCCUUCAAGAAGGUCAUAAUUGGCCACCGACACUACAAAACAUUUUUGAUAAGAAAAAUCUCUGGAAGUGUUUUGAAAGGUUUAUUGAAAGCACCAGGGCUCUUCUGCCAGACUUCUACAGGAAAGAAAAAAUUCUUGAGAAUGAAAACAAGAACAGACAAGAUGAGCAGGAAGACAGUGAAAAAUCGGAAAAGUGAUGUUAUCAGCGAUUGAUUGAUCGGCCGUGUAGAAUUCUUCUGUACAUAGUUUAGUUGUCUAGUAUUAGUUUAGUUUUAGAUUCUAGAUU